GCGGCUGAGUGGCGGUGGGCGGCAACUUUGCGACACAUUUAACCUGUUGCACUCCCCUCGUCGCUCCAUAGCCCGCCACCCAGCCAGCUCCUGCCUCCCUCAGGACAACCACCGCCGAAGGCACAGCCACACACCUCGCCCUCCCGAUGCGUCCCACGCAGUGCAACAGCCUCGCCAUGUCCCCCGGCCUGGUGGUCCUCCUGACGCUGGUGCUGGUCUCAGCGGCGCCUGCCCCCUCGCAAGGCAAACGCUUCGACUGCCGCAUGUUCUGUCGCUCCACCGGCUUCCGCGGCUCCGUGGGCGGCUGUCGAUGCUCCUUCACGCUCUUCACGGCCAAGCGCUCCAUCAGGGACCCAGAGGACGCCAUGCUGGAGGCCGCCGCCGCCGCUAAUGCCAACACCCUCGACGGACACUACAUGACGCUCGCUGACCUCUUGAGAAUGCCAGCCAGCGCUCCCUACUACCCCGACGGCCGCCUCGCCAUGCCCCUCGACGACUACUCCAGCACCGAGAGCCGCGAGAUGCCCAGGAACCACCCCGUCCGACUCAUGUUCAGGGCGAACGAGAGUGCAGCUCACGAGGGCCCAUCAGUGAGGGUCGGAAGGUCCCUCUCCGACUCCUUCCUCAAGCGACGAGAGUUUGAGCAGGACCUCGACAACGGGGACACCAGUGACUUCCUCAGGCGACCAUAUUAACGCGACACUCAAGAUGAUACUCGCCCCAUUCCUUCACUUCUUUAUUUCCCUGUUUCUUUUUCUUAUCCCUUUCUCUUUUUCCUCCGCGUUUCUUUUUCCUUGAUAACGGGGACACCAGUGACUUAAAACUAAUCCCUUUCCCCCUUCUUUCUAGUCUUCUUUUCCUUUCUAUUUUCCCUUUUCCCUCUUCAGUCUAGCUUAGCUCCAUCACCUUCCCUGUACCCGGUCUUCCCUCCUUUACCCUUUCCUCUCCUCCUCCUCCACCACCUAAGUUAGUUUUCGCAGCGCUGCACAAUCACUAAGACGGGCGUGGGUUCCCUGCUCACGAUAAUGUUCUAAGCUCGUCUCGUCCUCUUCCUCCUGCUCGUCUCCGAAUGCGAGAUCUGGAUUCAAGUCAACAGGAUUACCAUUGCUGUUGUUUUUAUCGUUGUUAUGACGCAUUGGAGUUAAGAGACAGAUGUGAUUCUGAAGGCUGGUUUUUCUUUUCUGCUUGACAUGAUCGUCUGUCUGUCUGUUUAUGGCGUCCCCCUCUCAUCUUCCCUCUCUGUCUCUCUUUCUAUCUGUUUCUCAGUCUGUCUAUAUCCCUGUCACUGUCUGCCUGUCUCUCCCCCUGUCCGCCUCGGCGUCGCUCACUCAAGAAAGACAAAAUAAGACAGUCACCCCUUUGGUUGGUCUCGGCCAAGUGACGUUCUCUUAGUUUUAAGACGUAUUAGUCCGUACAUUAUUAUAUAUUUUUGUUUUACUCUGAUAUAUAGUCUAUUAUUUAUCUCUAGCGGUAAACAUAGAGGCAUUUCACUCUCGAGGCUGGAGUACAUGUGUGUCUAUGUGUGCUGGAGGACGGUCAUGUACGGACGCCACAUGUAUGUAUCUAUGUAUGUAUGUAUACCCUCCCUGUGUGUGUACAUGCAUUCAUAGCCAUCCGUACAGCCGGCUCAUCGCACACGCACACAUUCACACACAUGUAUUUAUACAAUGUGCUUAUCUUAGCUGGAGUAUAUCGUAUUGUAUCUCUUAAUAUAUAUUUCUAUUCGUCUCAGACAAACGUAAUCUUAUUAACUUGUCUCCAUAUUGCCCUUAGUCUUCAGGGAAGCAUUAAGACUGUUACCAUAAGGUUGAUAAGGACGAGUCACCCAUGCAUGACGUGACCCUUAGGAACUCAAGCACUUUUGUUACCAAGCAGGAACAUUAUACAACAACAACAACAACAACAACAACAACAACAAUAACAUCCGCCAUCUUGUGACCCUUCAUCAUCCUUAUUUUCUCCGUGGUUUUCUUAUGAUUGUUAUGACGUACGAUUAUUAUUAUUAUUAUUAUUAUUAUUAUUAUUAUUUCUCUGAUCAUCACCGGUGUAUUUGUAAACUUACGACGUUGACUUUUCUCCCCCACAACGAGCUGCUGCUACAAUAUAUUUGCGUUAUCUAUUGGACAAUCUAAUAAAAAUAACAUCACCA